AUGAAAAUUGACAGCGUGUGGUUGCCAUCUUCCAAGAAGGAAAAUACUAAAGUACCACCUGCUGAAGCAGCUGAAGUUACAAACGGAACAGAUGAAAAAAAAAUUACAAAACGCAAUAAAGCAGAACCCGUAAGUGCUGAAAGUAAGGAGGAACCUAAGGCAGAGAAAACUAAGGGUAAAACUGCCAAGAAGGCAGACAGUGGAAAUAAAGAAGAAACCCAAGUGGAAGAAGCGAAAAAACCUCAAACACGCACAGGUCUUGCUACUAAGAGAGAGUUUGUACCAAAGGGGCCUAAAAAUUCGACAGUAACUAAUUGGGAAAAUAUAAAUUUCAAAUGCACUACGAAAUCCCCGAAAGGAAAAGCUCCCAACUUUCAUAUCACUACGUGGAAUGUAGACGGAUUAAGAAGCUGGUUAAAGAAGGGAUGCCUUGAUAUCUUGAAGUAUGACAAACCAGAUAUACUUUGUAUUCAAGAGACUAAGUGCGCUGUAUAUAAAUUACCAGAAGAAGUCAAGACUAUAGAAGGUUACGAAACAUUGUGGUGCUGUAGCGAUAAAGAUGGCUAUGCAGGUGUAGGCAUUAUGGUUAAAGAUAAACCACUUAAUGUUAUUUAUGGGAUUGACUCUAAAGAACAUGAUACAGAGGGCAGAUGUAUCACUGUGGAGUAUGAAACUUUCUUUGUAGUCAACGUAUAUGUCCCCCAUGCAGGUCGAAAUUUAGUCACCUUGCCAAAACGUUUAGAUUGGAACGAACAAUUCGAGAAGUUUAUUAAAAAUUUGGACUCCCAAAAACCAGUCAUAAUUUGUGGGGAUAUGAACGUGGCACACAAAGAGAUUGACUUGGCUAAUCCCAAAACCAACACCAAUAGUGCUGGGUUUUCAGUGGAGGAACGUGACGGCAUGACUGCUUUUCUUGGAAACGGUUAUGUUGAUAUUUAUCGCCACUUAUAUCCCGAGAAGGAAAAAGCUUACACUUUCUGGAUCUACAUGAGAAAUGCCAGACCUAACAACGUUGGAUGGCGCUUGGAUUAUUUCUUAGUCUCCCAAAGAUUUGUGGACAACGUUUGCGAUAACAUAAUACAUAGUGAUGUUAUGGGGUCAGACCAUUGCCCCCUUUCACUCCACAUCCAGAUUUAAGUGUUUGGGCCAACUCUCUGUCUUGUAGUGCCCCAACUUCUUUCAAUAAUUGUUUCUUCUCUUCAAAAUAGUUUUUGAACCACUCGAUAUGUUCCCGUUUGGCGUCAACUGUCAAGUAUGGAUUUUUCGAAAGUCCGACACAGACCAACUCCAUGAAAUGCCUCAAGGGCCCCUUUUGAGGACACCAAGGCUCUAAAUACUUCUCAAGAAACACGUGCUCGGUAAAGUAAACUUUCUUUUCCUCAUCAAGCCCUAAAAUUAUAAAUAUGACACGAUACUUAACAAAUUAGGCGCAACCUUGUUCGUUAUCAAUGGGAAAUUUCCAUAUUUUCCCCUGUUCGGUCCACAAGAUCAUCUGUUGGAAAUAAUUGCUAGGAGGGUGAGUAACAGCCAGCUUUAAAUCCCUCUGGUAUAACUCGUUCCAAGUUUUGUUUUCAACGCCCUAAACACUAAAUUAGACGCUUUGCCCUCUUCAGACGUCUUUAAAAGCUUCAUCAAUAAUUCUGUCUCGGUUUGCUUCACAUCUCCUCCCAACGUCUCUGCUACGUCCUUUACAACUCUGGUCAUUUGUGUCUCUGCAACAAAAUUGUUUUUGCAACAAACCAGAAGUUUUUAAUUCUGUUCACCACUAAGUUUUUUCAAAACAGCAUACUCAGAUUGAUUUCUUAUAGAAACUUUUCUUAUUUUUUUCUUUUUGAAUUCAAAUUGAAAUAUUCAAAUAUUUGAUCUUCAUGCGCCUUUUAUACUUUGUUGACAACUUUAUUGAAGAGGAUGUUAAUAAUUACUUUUUCUGUUUGUGCUAAUGCGACAUUCUCGUUUCUAUUUUUUCGACCAAACCCGGAGCCGCUCCGGGCAACGGUUCCGGCUACAGAGGCGAUCAAAGUUUUUCACUAAAAAAAUUCAUAAAAAAAAACUAAAAGUCGUAGAGCAUUGCGGUUUGUUCAAUUGAAUUCUACGGCUCAUUUUACAUAUUAUAUCGAUUUUUCACAAGAAUUAGAAAUUUAAAAUUUUUUGCCUAAAUUUAGGGUGGCCAUUUGUCUUAGUGAAAAAUUUUAUUCAUUAAAAAAAUUCAUAACUCGAAUAAAAGUCGUAGAGCAGUGCGGUUUGUUCCGUUGGAUUCAGCGGCUUUUUUUCUCUAUUAUACUAAUUUUUCACGCAAUUUAAAAUUUUCAAUUUUUUUGCUCAAAUUUCACCUUCAAAGAGGUGAAAAAAAAUAUUUUUUUUAAACUCACUCCAGUAGAUUUUUAUGGACUCUACAUGUCUUAACAACCCACAAAAGUUGUUAGAAGUCCACAAAAAGUCCAUAUGUUCGAUUUUUUGAUGUUUGAUUUUUUCAAUUUUCGUCGCAGUUUUUGUCGAUUUUGGGUACCCGGAACAUUUCUCGAGCAAUAGCUCCGGAACUAUUCGAGAUAACCCCAUGAAGUGUAGCAUCGUUGGAAAGCCCUUUUAAUGAUCUAUCAUUUGCAAAAAAGAUUAUUGUUGUCCGACUUAUAGUUUUCGAGAGAAUGCAAAUAAAAGCGAAAAUUAGAUCAUAUACUCAAAAAUUCAUAACUAAAAAACUAUUAGGAAUUUGGCAAUUUUCUUGAUGCCAAUCGAUUCCCCGGAUUAUUUUGCAUAGGUAUGGAUCAAAAUAGUUCCACUUUUUAGAAUAGUUUAGCCGUAAAUGAGAAAAUAAAAAAAAUAAAAAAAAUUUUACACCCCCCCGUUAGAAAUUUUUAAAAAUUUUUAAAGUGUCUCAAAAUCAAAUGAAACCGAUUCUAUCUUAUAGAUUUUGAUGUGCUCUUUCCGAUCUAAAAAAGCGUUUUCUUCUAGCUUUUUUAAUUUGGGCGUAAUCGGCGUUUGAAAAUUGAAAAUUUUUUUGGCGAGAAAUCGCUUUGAGUCCUAUGCCAUUUUGUAGAGUUUUUUAUUCCGGUUAUUCUCCAUUUUUCCGUUUCUCGAUAACUCUAAUAGUUUCGCCGUAAUUUUUUUUUCACCUCUUUGAAGGUAAGUGUAUUACUCAGGAAAUUUUAGCAAAAAAACUGAAAAUUUUAAAUCUCGUGAAAAGUUGGUAUAACACAGAAAAUGAGCCGCUGAAUUCAAUGGAACAAACCGCAUUGCUCUACGACUUUUAGUUUUCGAGUUAUGAAUUUUUUUGUUGAAUAAAACUUUUCACAAAAAAUUUUAAAUUUUUAAUUUUUGUGAAAAAUUGAUAUAAUAUGUAGAAUGAGCUGUAGAAUUCAAUGGAACAAACCGCAGUGCUCUACAACUUUUAGUUUUUUUUUUUGAAUUUUUUUAAUGAAAAUCCAAAUCUGCCAGAAUCAGAUCACUACGACUAACCGUUCAGAAGAUAUCGGCAAAAAUAGAGAAAACUUUACAAAUUGAUUCAACUAAAUUUUUAUCAUUGACAAGCAAUUUUUUGGAGUUAUUUUCUUAUGAUUAAGUGUUUCUAACGUAGAAUGACCGGCGGAAUCUAAAUCUGCAAGAAUCGGAUCACUACGACUAACCUUUCAGAAGAUAUCGGGAAAAAUAUAGAAAACUUUACAAAUUGAUUCAACAAAAUUUUCAUCAUUGACAAGCAAUUUUUUGGAGUUAUUUUCUUAUGAUUAAGUGUUUCUAACGUAGAAUGACCGGCGGAAUCUAAAUCUGCAAGAAUCGGAUCACUACGACUAACCUUUCAGAAGAUAUCGGGAAAAAUAUAGAAAACUUUACAAAUUGAUUCAACAAAAUUUUCAUCAUUGACAAGCAAUUUUUUGGAGUUAUUUUCUUAUGAUUAAGUGUAAGAUGAUGAAGAUGAUGGUUGUGGUGUUUCUUGUCGUUUCUCACGUAUGUUUUCGUUUAUAUACUGCAUUCGUUUUGGAUUAACAAUAAACGCACGUGGUACGUUGAUUUUAGAUAAAAUUUGUGAAAAAUUUUUCCAACCAGUCGGUUCAGCAGACAGUCUACUACUACUAGUACCACUUUUCAUAAGGUCAAUGAUUAUAAUUAAUUAUAUUUGAAUCAGGAAUUGUUUUACCGUCGUAAAUAACGUUACCAACUUCGUUCCAUGCAACACCAUUGCUUGUUAUAUAAUCAACUAAAACACUAGCCUUAGCUUGUAAAGUUUUCGGUAACGAUUUUAGAAAAUUUUUGUUAAGAUGAUCGGCUGCUAUUAACUUAUUAUUUUCAACAUCAACAUUUUCUUUUUCACCUGUUUCAAUCAUUGGUAUUGUUACAGGUUCACGAAAUCGAUUUAUCACUUUUAAAUAUCUUUGAAGAACUUGAUUGUACAACGUCCAUUUCUCGUUGUCGUCAAUGUGUUUCAGUUCUAUAAUUCUUCACAUUUCACGAUCCAAAUCAUUUAUGAUGUUUGGUUGAUUGCUGGUACCACUUUGCAUACGUUCAAAUACACCUGGAUCAACCAUUAUCAUUUUCUUAGCAUGCUCCAUUAUCGUUAUUUACGAAAUAAAUGACCCAAUACACCCGAUAUUAUUGGCGCUAACAAUAACGGUAAGAAGGCACCACCUUUUUGAACAAUCAACUUUUUCUUUUGCUGAACAGACAAUUUUCGAUUAACUAAAUCCCUCAACACUUUUUUAUGUUUUUUUAGUUUACUUUUUUGUACGAUUCAAUGGAACUUUACCCAACAAAGUAUUAUGAGCGCAUUCACAAAUACAAUGAACCAGAUUUUUGUCCGCUGUAUUUAAAAUUGAUUUACGAUAUUCAGGUGUUGUUUUAUGUAAGAAUUUUAAAAGAUCAGCGUUUCUUGCUAACGUUCGCGACAUCUCAAAUACAACUGAGAAAUGAAUAACACGUUUUUUAAAUUUAUACUUUUUUCAUACGUCUCUUAGGUAUAUAUGCAAAAGUAGGUGAUUCAUCGGGUAAAAUGUUUGUACGAAUACGAUAAUCAUCGGACGUAUCCUGUUUUAAAUCGAUUAACAAAUAUCCAUGCGGUUUCAUAGUCGCAUCCUUAUAAGCUUCUUGAAGAAAUUUUGUAUUUUCUGGAAAAAUCUGUCGGGCUAAAAAAUUGACUUGAGCCUUGUCACGGGGGUUUUUGAAAUAUAUAAUGUAGUUUGCAUUCAGUGAAAUGUCUCUCUGUCCUUUGCCUUGGUGGAACAGAUUUUGCGUAAUAUAAAAAACACUAAGAUUUCGAUGAUGGCUACCUUUUGUAAAUAUAUCCACAACACCACCAUUUGUUUCACGCAUUAAAUCAUCCAAAAUUAUUAACGUCGGCUUUAAACCAUCAAAUUCAGUCAUAUCAGGCAUACCUUGACGAUACUCGAUUCUUAAAUUACUAACAAUAUCAUUUUUUUCAUAUAACGGUUGCCAUUCAUCAUAAUACUAUAUCACACGAUCAAAACUUGUAUCACACAUUGAUUUCAAAUGAUUUAAGAACUGCGUUAUAAAAUGUGUUUUUCCACAACCUGAAGGGCAGUGACAAUAGCCGUGAACGGUGCUUUAAAACUAAAAAUGUUUCCGUACUUCAAUGUUUAUAUACAUUACGUAUAUAUAGAAGGUCUUCACGGAUCAAUUUAAGUACAUUUAUUUAUAUUUUUUUUAUUUAAAUUUCGUACCGAUGUUUGAAAAGCAUCCCAAACGAUAUAGCGACAAAAGGAUUAUAGGAUUUGCAGCGACAAUUAGUAACCUAGACAGUCGUCUGUCUGGCUGUUUUGAUGAAAGAAAAGAUGAUUCACCGAACCAUUAGAAAUCUUUCUCUCAAAUUUCAUCCCCUACCAACAUCACCACCACCACCACCACUACCACCUUCAAACCCUUUUUUCCUCAUUUUCAAAGCUGACUUUCGGCGACACAAGUACCUAUACAUUUUUACGUGCCAAGUGUUAAAUUGUGUGACAAAUGUUUGAUGGACAAUGUGUAAUCCUGUACUCCAGAGGGGAGUACCGUCUAACAUUUAGGCGGUUCACCACGUAUAGAGCGUUACAGGAGGAGAAUAUCCUCUGCAAGUGGUGCGCCAGGCUAGAAGAAAAAGUCUGGUACAAACAUAUGCACAUUUAUAAUGUAACACUCAAGUGUACGCGGUGUGAAACACCUAUAUUACCCCGGACACAUAUGGGGUGUCCUAGACGGAUACAUUUAGGGCGGGAAAAGGUACCCUAUAAUUCCCUUUUACGGAAAAUUGUGUUCCCGGAAUCGGACGAUGACCAGUCUGAAGAAGAAAGCGGCGUCGAGGAUGUAGAAUGAUUGUGUGGGCGAUUCUUAAAUAUAUGUUUAUUUUUAAUAA